ACCUACAGCGGGCGGCCGCGGAGGCGGCAGCGGUGGCCUCCGGACGGCGGUGUAGACGCUCCUUUCCGGGACCCCGACCCGGCGGCUCGUGUUGCCUGGAAUAUCAGAGAAUUGGAAACAGUCAUAUUUUGGGAUCAUGACCUACUGUGGUGGUUUAUGAAAAAAGAUAAUAUGUUCCUGGGAAGCCAGCUACAAAGUAUACUGAAGGAUGCUUCCUAAGAGUUUUAUCAUGUCUCUCUGGAUUUCAGUGGCCUCUUUUUAGAAAUGCAAAUGAAGAAGAUGAAGGAUAGUGGACAGCAGUUGUGGACUACACAAGUGGAUGACGGACACAACUCCUUGACCAUGUCGCUCAAACAGCCUAAUGCUAAUCGAGCGACUCGCCCAGAUAGACAAGAAGCUCAGACUCUUCUGUAUCAAGUCUCCGAGGCAGAGGCUGCCACGACGACCGUUGCUACAUGUGUGAAGUGUAAAAGUGUGUACAAGAUCCCACUUCAGGAUCUGAAAAAGGAUACUGGGCAAAGCCAAAAGGAGGACAAAUAUGUUUGCUUCAAAUGCAGCCUAGGUGUGGCCCGUCCCCAUUUCCAUUUUGUGAACAAUAAUCACAGUGCUACUCACAUAGGGAAUAAACCGGAAACCAUCUCAAGUUCUGUCAAUAACAAAUUUAAGGUAAGGAACUUUAAGCCAGGCAAAUACUAUUGUGAUAAAUGUCGAUUUUCCACGAAGGACCCUCUGCAGUACAAAAAGCACACACUUCAGCAUGAAGAGAUUAAAUUCAUUUGUUCUCACUGCAGCUACAUUUCCUACACUAAAGGGGAGUUUCAGAGGCACUUGGUGAAACACACAGGCAUUUUCCCUUAUCAAUGUGAGUAUUGUGACUAUGGUGCUAUUAGAAAUGACUACAUUGUCAAACACAGGAAGAGAGUCCACGAGAAGGCUGGUGGAAAACGGCUGCCCAAAACCAUUGCCAAGCUGGAGCCAAAAAGAAUCAGUGCAUCCAAGCAAAACCCAGAGCUUUUAAAAGCUUCCAGUCCAAGGACUGCGUUUCAAAAUAAGUUGUCAGAUCAACUUUCAAGGUUCUCCCUCCAUUCAAAUAAAGACAGAAUGCACAACAUAAUGUUAUUACCUGAAUCAAAGGAGUACCAAAAAGAUGUCGUGUGCAUUCCAAAUAAAGGGACGCUGUCAGAGCCCAAUGAAGUCAACCUGUUUGAGAACAAAAGUGUGGAGGUGGAAGUGUUAUCCCCUGCAAAAGAGCCUGUUCAGCCGGGAAUGCCAUUAACGGUUGUGGCACCAGCGGAACUAAUCGUCCCUGCAAACUGUUUAGCCCAGUUGAUAGAUGUGAAGGUUGUCAAUGGAACACAGCAGCUUGUGCUGAAACUGUUUCCUCUGGAAGAAAAUAAUUGCCUUGCCGCUGGUGGGGGUGAUGGAGGUAAUUCUGAACAUGUGACUAAAGAGAAAGAUUCAAGGGAACAGGAAAAAAUGGCUUCUGCAGAACAAACAAAGUCACUAAUGAUCGAAGGGAAUGUUGGAAAACUUGCAGGCAUCCAUAAUCUUCAAUCAUCAGUUCAGAAACAACUUAAAAACGUGAAAUGGGUAAGGUCUUAUGACUUUUUCACGUCAAAUUCUAGCGUGCACAGUGGUGGAGAAUCCUUUCUCAACCCUGAUAGAGUUGAGGGUUUGCAGAAAAAAGGUUAUACAUAUCCACAAAGAACUGCUCUUCCUUCCAUUGCCUUAAAAGGUCAUUCUCCAUCAUCUCUAAUAAAAAAUGGUAUUUUAAGUGGUCUUGGAGCUACGUCAAACUCUUUUCCAUAUAAAGCUGCCGCUUCUUUAACUGAAGAUGGAAGAAAUUUACACAGUGACUCACAGCAGUUAUUUCCUCUUGCUGCAUCGCCUGCAACCAUUUCCUUCUCUGGAGAAAAGGACUCACUGCCCCUAAGUAAAAAGGACGUGGAAUCUAGAAAUGAGAUCAGUUUUCCUGUAAAAAUGGCUCCCCCUAAUAAGAAGCUGAAACAUAACCAGACACAGGAACACAAGGCAGUUUCAAAUACAGGCCAGAUUUCCUCUCAACCUAAAAGUGAGUAUUUACACAUAAACAUAGCGGGAGAAGAUGGAAUCAGAUCUCAACAGUCUGGGGAUAAACCUUUGGAAUUAAAGAAUUCUGAAAAGACUAAUGACUCCUUUGAAGGCCCAGUCAUCUCAUCAGUGUUUUCUCUGAGCUCUGGAUCUGAAAACGUCCCUGAGGGCGUUAAGUGGAAUAGUUCAACGUCCAAAAUAAAGUCAAUUGAACUCUUGCGCAGAAAGAUAGCCCAGUUAAUUGAAUCCUGUGGCAAGCCUUCAUCUUUGGCUGCAAGUAAUGCACAUCGUCAUUCUGUAGGGAAGGCAUCUAAGGUCACUUCGAAAGCUACCUCUGAAGGUAUUCAGGAAAUUAACGUGUCAUUUACCAGCACUGGCUAUUCCACAGGUACUCUCCCGAAACCUCAGGAUGACGUUGGUAUUAAUGGACAGCUUACUCAUCAGCAGAUAUAUCCGCAUCUUGUAGAAGGCAGCAGUGGGAAAACCGAAAGCGGAGUAACCAGGAAGCCACAUUUGGCUCCUCCAGUAUUGAUCCCGAAGGGGGCUGUGUUGAGGGUUCUUAAUUCCUCUGAGAAUUCCCACAUUAUAGAGGCUACAUGUGAAGCACCUGUCAGCAUCCCCUGCAGUGAGACGCAGUUAAUAAAACCCAUUCCGUUCUGCCCAGUGAAACAGACAGACUUGGACUUACAGCCUUCGACAAGUGAAAGUGGGCCAACAGACAUGUCCCAGAAUCAUGAUCUAUCUCUUUGGGCUAAAUCAAGAAAAGAGAGUGCUAACUGUAGCACCAUGCUUAAAAAAACUGGACUCCUGCAUGGACAGCAAGGAAGCAGUGAAAUGAGUAAGCAAGGGAAACUGUUUUCCAGAAGUCUUCCUGUAAGUAAAAGUAAAACCAAACAAGUCAGCUCAUCCAAGAAGAAAAGCAAAAUUCAGGCAGAUCCCAGCCGCUGUUUCAAGGAUCCUUCCAUUUUUCAGGUUGCAAGACAACUUCGACUGAUAGCAGCUAAACCAGACCAGUUGAUCAAAUGCCCCCGUCGGAACCAGCCUGUCAUCGUGUUAAACCAUCCUGAUGUCGACUCACCAGAAGUAUCCAAUGUGAUGAAGGUAAUAAACAAGUACAAAGGCAACGUCCUCAAAGUGGUCCUAUCAGAGAGGACUAGGUGUCAGUUAGGCAUCAGGCGGCAUCAUGUCCGGCUGACCUACCAGAAUGUGGAGGAAGCCAAUCAGAUAAAAAGGCAAAUGAUGUUGAAAAUGAAACUUAAAAAAGUUCAUAAAAACAACUACCAGGUGGUGGAUUCCUUGCCUGAUGACUCAUCACAGUGUAUAUUUAAGUGCUGGUUUUGUGGACGGCUCUACGAAGACCAGGAAGAGUGGAUGAGUCAUGGCCAACGGCAUUUAAUAGAAGCAACUAGAGAUUGGGAUGUUCUUUCUUCCAAGGGCAAAUAAGUGAAAAAUGGGUCUUGGAAGCAAAUUGUUUUUCUUACUUUUAAUUGAUUCUGGUUUGGUUUGUUUGGUUUUGUGUCCCUCCCUGACUCUGUAGGAUAAUACAGACUGCAGGGAUGGGAGGUUGGUUCAGUCUUCAGGUCUUCCUGGGAAUGUGGAGAGCCUGGCGUCUGAGCCUGGUGACUGGACGCCAGAAGGUGUCUGUGGCCCCCGAGGAAGUGCACACAGAUUCACGUGUAUGCAUUUGUCUGGGGCGAAGGGAAACUUUUGAACAGAUUUUCCAUGGGAUCUGAGACUUCCCUUUGGUCAGCAACCUUUUUCUGCAUAGAUAAAAAUCAUUUCUAAUCCAUUCAGAGGGGCAAGUUUAGAGUGUUGUACACAUGCUCUUUAUAUAACAAAAUGCUACUGAAGAAUUAAACCCAGGUCUUGGUGUACACAUCCACUUUUUUUUUUGCAUUAACUCAUCUCCUGAAUAUUUGGUACAUAAUGGAAAGUAUAUUUUCUACUUUGUUAGUUAUCUUAAGUUUGGUUAUAGAAAAGUGGCCCUUCUUUUAAACCCCUCACCCACUCUGCAGUGUUGCUAAGUGUUCUCUAUAGCACAGAGAGUUGGGCUUUUGUUGACCCUUUUAAAGAAUAAUUCCAAAGGUUGGCCUGAAUUUACUACAACAGCAGGUGUUGUUAGGGGAAGAAAGGAACAUUUUCAGGCUUUUGCUUUCUUUUUAAAUACCUUGGUUUAUGACAGUUGGGGAGGGA